AUGACUGACCUAGGGCCGCCAAGAAUUUAUUCUGUCGUAGCAGCACGAAGCACCGCUCUAAAGAUCAAAGAACUGUCAUCGAGUCUUCUCUCUGAGCAGAAAAAAAUAAACGACGAGGGAGCGUUUGCAGUCACGUAUUGCGAUGAUCCAUCAAACCAGGUACAGAAACUAGUUCAGCCCAACAGAGAAGAGCUUCCGAGAAGGCGGCGAUCUGCUACAACGCACACGGCUUCAGCAAAUGAUCAUGAACAAUAUGUUGGAGGAACAGACGUGAGUGCCGCCUAUCGUUUUUUAGAUCCAGAAGAAGGCGGAAGUCGAAGACAAAGAUCUAACACAGUGACGACGAUUGGAUUCAAUGAAGCAGCUUCGUCAGAUUCGGAGUCUGUAAAGAUACCACAUUUCCGAUCGGGGGAUGGUGCGUCUCGAAGGAGAAGAUACACAAGAUCAAGAAGGGCAUCCGUAAAUACUCAAUCCAGCGGACAAGAACGAAUCCCGGAGCAUGGAACUCUAGAGAAUUCUUUUCGCACAGAGCCAGAGAAGAUGUUUGAACACUGGAAAGUUACAGAGAUCGUCAAGAAAACUUUUGAAGAAAACUUGCUUGAGGAACACGAGGAACACGAUGAUCGCCGCAAUUAUCAAAAAAUGUGCACAAUCCUUGCAGACUUGAUCAAAGAACAGGUUAAACAUUUGGAGUUUUCCAGGCAUAAAAUCAUCUGUAUUGUAUCCAUAGGUCAGAAGAGAGGGGAGAGCGUGCGCCUGGUGAGCAGAUGCGUUUGGGAUCCGAGACAUGACAGCUAUGCUCAAUAUUAUUUUGAAAAAGGAGACCUGUUCGCCUUUGGUGUAGUGUAUGGUGUGUAUUACGAGUAA